AUGGGCAUACUCCUCAACGAGUUCCUCGUCGAGAUGUUUCCCGAAAAGAAGUUCGCGAGGAUGUUAGAUCAUGCACGUGUUCUAGAACGCUAUAACUCCUCGUUACUCCGCUAUUCCCGUCCUCAGUAUUUCGAGAGAGUCUUGUGUAAAUAUUUGCUCGCAAAGAGCCUGCUCUAUGAUUCGCCCAUGCUUCCAGAUGAGAAGAGAACGGGUGUUGAUAAAGGUCAACCUAUGACCCGAGGUUCUCUUCUGGAAACUGUUUCACAAUUCCAUUAA